GCUCCUUGGUUCUUUACAGAAGUCACGAGGACUUCACCUGAAACUUUUAAAAGAACUUUUCCAUUCAUCUUCAAAAUUCUCAUCCUGACUCGGGCUUACCUCUAUACGCCGCAAAAAUUCACGGGAAAUAUAGUCCCCGAAGUAAGCAAGAUGAACGGUGUUUUUGUAUUUUUCGUUGUAGUUGUUGCUGUUUUCCAUGGCGUCAAGUCAAAGCCAGUUGUAGAGGAAGAUGCCCAGGCGUUUCGUUUUGCCAACAUUUACGGAGAUCACAUGGUUCUGCAGAAAGCUCCAAACCAUGCAGUCGUUUGGGGCUUUGGGGAAGUUGGUCAGCAAGUUAAAGUUGAACUAUCUGGCAAGGUGUACGAGACACAAAUUACUCCAGGUCCCCAGGGAGCUGGUGUAUGGAGAGUAACUUUAGACGUUCAGAAGGCCGGAGGUCCAUUCACAAUUACUGCUUCAUCUAUAGUCAAUAGCACAGUUCAAAAUGCAAAUUUGAAAGAUGUCUAUUUUGGGGAUAUUUGGGUGUGUAGUGGUCAGAGUAACAUGCAAUUCUCUGUAUCUCAGGCUGUCAAUCUUACAGAAGCUGCAAAAGAAGCAGACAACUAUCCUGAGAUAAGACUCUUCACUGCCUACCAAGUUCAGUCAGAUACCCCACUCUAUGAAUUGAGUGUUGUUCAACAACCAUGGUCAGUUGCAUCAUCAGCCUCUGUCAACGGAGGAGCUUGGAAAUACUUCUCAGCUGUUUGCUGGUUCUUUGCAAAGAACCUGUAUGACCGUUAUAAAUAUCCCCUCGGCAUGAUUGCAACUGACUGGGGUGGCACAGCUAUAGAAGUAUGGUCAUCCUCAGAUGCCCUUGCAACAUGUAAUAUAACAGAAGAAGCACUGCAGCACCAAGAAAGGUUCCUUGCCCCCGAAGAAGAGAUUUUUGCCCCAACACCAUCCAAGCCAUCUGUACUGUACAACGCAAUGAUUCAUCCCUUAUUAAACAUGACCAUAUAUGGAGCCAUAUGGUACCAGGGCGAGGCUAAUGCUUAUGCCCCUGACACCUAUAACUGUACCUUUCCCGCCAUGAUUGAUGACUGGCGGCAGAAGUGGUAUGACGGCACUGAUGGCUACACUGAUCCACAGUUUCCCUUCGGAUUUGUCCAGCUGUCGAGUUACGGCACCGACCCUAAAUUCAUCGGUGGAUUUCCCGUCAURCGCUGGGCUCAGACAGCCAAUUACGGCUAUGUGCCUAACUCGCGCAUGGGCAAUGUGUUCAUGGCAGUAUCAAUGGAUUUGGGUAACGCGUCAUCCCCCUGGGGUAGCAUUCACCCCAACGACAAACAAGAUGUCGGAUAUCGUUUGGCUUUAUCUGGUCGUGCCAUUGCGUACUCGGAUCCCGUAUACCAUACGGGUCCCCUACCGGUCAGAGUGUCUGCCAAUUAUAGCCCCAUGGAAGGCUGGAUGGUCGAUGUUUUGUACACCGAAGUUGGACAGGAUGGUAUUGAUAUUAGAUCGAGAAAUGGCUUCGAGUAUUACUGUGAAUCUCCCAGUGCGGCUACGUGGGUCGAUGCGCAGAUCAUCAGCAGUUCAUUCUACAAGGUCAGCUUGUUUGGCAUGUGUCCGGCAGGGACUGGGGACGUGGCGGGAAUUCGCUACGCRUGGCGUCAAGAUCCUUGUCCAUUUAAGGGAUGUGCGGUGUACAGCAAAGCUGAGGGACUUCCAGCUGGGCCUUUUGUAAAAUAUGCUCCAUUCUAAGAAUUGCUUGAAAAAAAGUCAAACAAAAAAUACAAAUUAAACAAAAGUGACUCAAUUUUAUAAAUGAAGGAAUUAAUAGAUAGCUUUUUCAUGAUUUCUAUUGAUUUUCCAGCUAACGCCCAAAUUUUAUCGGUCUCACAAACACUCUUUAGUCUUUAGCCUGAUCCAAGUCAAAGCAUGGCUAAGUUACAGGUUGAAUGAGAAUUUAGCGUGUUGGGCUUUGCGGCGAGAGGAAAGCCGGGUAACGCAGAGAAAAACGAACGAACUCAACUCUCAUGUGGAACUGAGUCCAGGCCAACAGGAGACCACAGAUGCCACAGAUGUGAGAGAAGAAAGUGGUACCAUUACGUCACCCUUGAUUCCUAUGUCAAUUGCUGGACAUUUUCUUUUCCGAGAUUUGAAACCAAACUGAGAGCAAAUUCCUGUAUCACAAAGGGUCACUAAGGGAAGGUACUUAUUUUAUGGUGGGGGAGGGAGGGGGUAGCUUGGGCUUCAGAGGGGAGGGCCAUCAGUAUUAAUUUGAAGGGUCACCGUGCAGCCCUUUAAUUUUGACGAAAGUCGUUUUCUUGCAGGACCGUAGCCACUAAUAAACAAGGCAAUGCAAGUGAGGCAGUUUCCUCUGUAAAAUGUCUCAAAUUCCUCUCAAAACUCUAAAAAUCGCAUUUUCGAGGGUCUCCAUUUCAAAAUUUUCUGGAGGCGUAUGCCGUUGAACUUCAUUAGUUUCCCCUUCCUUCGCUAUUCCUUUGCCUCGGUAGACUAUUCGAUCUGGAUACGGCCCUGCCUCGUUACCAACUUCAUUUUCAUAAAGUUUACUGUGAAUCCCCCACUCCUCCACCUAAUAAAAGAACGUACCUUUCCUGCUUGACUUCACUCAGGAACACUACUAAGGCUCAGGUCAAACGUCGUACUUCACAUGAGCCGAACCCAAUGACAUCCAAGAAGACCGCCUUGUUAUCCAUCAAUUUAAUUAGGUUUGGCAUGUGAAGUUCGACGUUUGACCUUAGCCUAAUAAAACUAAUUCGAGAUGAACAUUUCUUUAUUGCAUGUGUCAAUAUUCCUCUUUCGAAUAAAAUGAGUACUUUUAUAAAAUAAAA